UUUCAGCUGCGAUCCUCCGAAACGGACGCAAUGUGCCCCGCCCUUAGGGGCUGCUUUUUGCCAUCUCUCACCUUGGCUUGAUCCAGAUGAGCUCACUCUGACCUCUGCUCUCACGCGCGCUGCGAGGUAGCAGUCAGAAGCCAUUCGUCGACCCCUUCCCUAUCAUCCCAGUGACACGCACUACCCUCCGACCGAACGCAAUGCCUCCUGCUACUGACGCACACCGCUUCCACUCUCCUACGCAUCGUCCCAGGGAGUAGGUUAUGUUGCUAAACGGGGUGGGUUGAAAGGAGAACAAGUCACGAGAGUGAGGUGGGCGAGCGAGGAGGUUACCUGGCACAGAAGCUGGUGCCGUUUGUCUCGGCCAGGCCCUUGCCAGGCCCUUGCCAGGAGUUGCCAGGAGGUUGCCAGGAGCUGCCAGGAGCUCUAAUCUCAGGCGGCGUUUCCGUGACGGCAUGGCGAAUGACGGAGCUGUGGGCCAACUUUCGCCUCGGAGGACGAGAGAAGAGUGCACUUCAUGCGACUCGCCAUCGCACAAGAAAGGCGGAGGCUGCAUGGACGAGACUUGAAGUCCCCGUGGGAUGUGUUAUAGUGCACAACAAUAGAGUCGCCGCAGCAGGCAGCAACAGGACCAAUGAAACCAGAAAUGCCACGCGCCAUGCUGAACUGGAGGCUGUUGAUUCGCUUCUGGAGUCUCUUUCUGCCGGGCAGGUUAACGAGUGCUUUGGGCAGAUUGACCCUCCAAGGGCAGCAUCGGCCAAUGGUAUAGCGAAUGAUGGAGCGAAUGGCACUGUGACACGUGGCAGCCAUAAAUUAGCUGGGGAACGAGGGAGAGAGAGUCUCUCCCGUGUGUUCUACGGUUGUCCCAACGACCGCUUUGGGGCUGUGGCUCCGUGCUGCCGGUACACGCCAACGGAUGCCACCCCUGCCCGCCCUUGUACCUCUGCGGUGCCGGGCUGCCAGCUGCAGUGUGUGGGCGGCAUUCUGGCCAGCGAGGCCGUUGACCUGCUCAGGCGCUUCUACGAACAGGGCAACCCCAACGGUCAGAUGCUCACAGGGUUGCACAGGGCUGCACAGGGUUGCACUGGAUUCUGAAGUGUUGCACUGGGUUGCACUAGGGUUCCCACUGA